AUGCCCACCCCGAAGCCUGAAAUCAUUCUCAUUGGAGGCGGCUGGCACUAUCCAGAGUCAUAUGCCACCUUCCGCACUUCUCUUGAAUCGCAACUUGGCUUGACAGUCCAUGUCCCUCAACACCCUACUAUGAAUGGUGCACGACCUCCGAAUGCGGAUCUUUACACUGAUUGCGAUGCUAUUCGUCAAUUUGUGACUGAAUUAUCGGAUGCUGGUCGCUACCUUGUGAUUCUCAUGCAUUCAUAUGGAGGUCAAGUGGGAACCAAUGCUCUGGUAGGCCUUGGAGCUGAAGCUCGUAAACAGCAGGGUUUAUCUGGUGGUGUCAUUAAAUUGAUCUAUUUUGGUGCUCACGCACUCGCGGAGGGUCAAUCGGGGGCUAAGCAAGCUGGACGUGAACACGUUCUCCCCAAGGUCAUUGACUUUGCCGAUGACGGUAGCUGUGUUCAUCUAGAGCCUCAGACUAUGCUUCUUGGACCUAAUAGUGGCCUGCAAGACGGAGAGCAGGAAAGUUUCGUGGCAUCUUUAGGGCGCUGGAACGGAAGGGUUCUUGCCCAGCCAUUACAACAUUGCGCCUGGCGCGAAAUUCCCGUGGUCUAUAUCCAUACCCUAAACGACAUCACUCUCCCUUUACACUACCAGACAACCAUGGUAGAGCAGAUCAAAGCUGCAGGACAGGACAUUCAGACCUUUGACCUUGACUCAGGCCACUGCCCGGCAACGACGAAGCCCGAAGAGCUGGCAACCAUUAUCAAACAAAUUGUUACCACUGGCAGUCUUGUUGCCUAG